GGCCUGGCUUACAGGUCAGCAACUCCAGGAAGUCUUUGAAAGCCUCCUGCCCACUCCCAUCCCCUCCCAGGCUCAUUAACCAAUAUUCCUUGUGUGUCGCCUCCUCCCCUGGGUUCACUGUGCAGAGCCCUGCUCUUACUCCACCUGCCUCAGUCUUCACUCUGCAUCCUGAAGACAGGUUUUGUCUUUCCAUCUCACUUACCUUGAUGUCUUGGACCCAGCACAAGGCUUGAUGCCACAAUGUGACCAUGAGCAGGGCCGAACAGACCUUGGCAAACAUCUUGAUGUAUGACCAUCUUCUAUACAAAAAGGCAUCUUCUUCGAACGGAUGGACAGAGGCUGGCGCUGUUGGACAUCAGAGGACAAGGACCAAAAGCUAAGCAGCUCCCUAAAAGGCCAAGACAGUUCCCAGGAGACGGCUUCUCACACUGUAUGCUGGCAACCUGUCUAUUUUUGCCAUAGCUCUUUUUUUUUAAGGCGAUCUUUUUAUAAACAAAACCUGUCCGUGGGUUCUAAUUUGUAUGUCUUUGCCUACUAGUGAGGUGAACAUUUUUCCAUUUAUUUGACUACUAAAUACAUUUUCCCCCCUUCUAGAAUUAAGCUUCUGGUUUGCCAUAGGCACUGUUAAAGGAGGUUGGUCUCUUAGGAAAUGGCUCUGGGGACAGAGUUGGGAGUGAGCUGGCCAGGGUCACAUGGAAGUUGCCGAGAACAAGAAGGACAGAGACAAAGAGGCCUAGGGAAGCCAACCUGUGGACUUUCACGGGCCAAGAAGAGACUCCUGUGGCGGUUCUUCCUGUCUGCAUUUGGUUUCUUAGGCCUGUACUGUUACAGGUUCAUUAUUAUCAGGCUCAUAGAAGGCUCCAUCCCCAUAGGCACCUGCCCUACAGCCAUAAUGCCUCUGCUGAGGGACAAUUUCACAGGAGUACUGCACCACUGGGCCCGGCCUGAAGUCCUGACCUGUACCUCUUGGGGAGCACCAAUUAUUUGGGAUGGCACUUUCGACCCUCAUGUAGCCCAGAAAGAGGCAAGACGGCGGAACCUCACUAUCGGGCUGACUGUGUUUGCUGUAGGCAGGUACCUGGAGAAGUACCUGGAACACUUCCUGGUAUCGGCAGAGCAGCACUUCAUGGUCGGCCAGAACGUGGUGUACUAUGUGUUUACGGAUCGCCUGGAAGCAGUGCCCUAUGUGGCUCUAGGCCAGGGUCGCCUGCUGCGGGUGAAACCCGUGCAGCGAGAGAGGCGCUGGCAGGACGUGUCCAUGGCACGCAUGCCCACGCUACACGAGGCUCUGGGAGGGCAGCUGGGCCAAGAAGCUGACUUUGUGUUCUGCCUGGACGUGGACCAGUACUUCACCGGUAACUUCGGGCCCGAGGUGCUGGCAGAUUUGGUAGCACAGUUGCACGCCUGGCACUACCGCUGGCCACGGUGGCUGCUGCCCUACGAGAGGGACAAGCGAUCGGCUGCUGCGCUGUCGUUAAGCGAAGGCGAUUUCUACUACCACGCUGCGGUGUUUGGCGGCAGUGUGGCUGCGCUGCUCAAGCUGACGGCCCACUGUGCGACUGGCCAACAGCUGGACCGUAAGCGCGGCAUUGAGGCGCUCUGGCACGACGAGAGCCACCUCAACAAGUUCUUCUGGCUGAACAAGCCUACCAAGCUGCUGUCGCCUGAGUUCUGCUGGACAGAGGAAAUUAGCUGGAGGAGAGAGAUCCACCACCCACGCCUGCUCUGGGCACCCAAGGAGUAUACGCUGGUGCGAAACUAGCAGCCCUUCCCUGGCCAAGCAGGCGCCCAGCAUCUUUGGCACUACCGUUGGUCAGUUAGAGCCACUUCUAGCGUCUCUGGGAAGGGGGACUUUGGAACUCAGAGAUAUUGAAAAGAGAUCCUGUGCCUGGGGCCUGUAGACCCUUUGUCAGCUGACUGGAGAGCCUUUUUGCUCCAACCAGAUGCAAAUUAUGGAAAGGCAAGAGUUCUGGCAGCUUUUGUAUCCCAGGUGCUUGUCAGCAGGGGAGUGUGCAGCAAGUACCACCUACCAGGAUUAAAGCUUUUGCAGAGGCCUUGGGGACAAGGCCUUCCUUAGCCCUUGGCUAGUGUCUCAGCUUCUGAGUGGACCUAGAUAUUGGGGUUCCCACACCUUGACAAUGACCAGGGUUGCUCCUACAGAGCCUUUAGUAUCUGAGGCUUGACAACUGUCUGGAGCCAUUCCUGUGACCAGGAUCUGCAAUUUCUCAUCCCUUGGACCUCACCGACUUCAGCCUCAGCUCUCCGUCCUGUCUGCCUCUGCUGGUCCUCUUGUUCGUGUGCAGGUCCCUGCCUGCGUUUAUUUCUUCGACUGCCUCUUCUUCCACCGUCAAGCAGGCUUCUCCUGUCUGGAGCGUGGCUGGCUCCCUGCCCCAUGGGCACUUCCCCUUCAAUUCCCUUGCCGCUGUUGUGUGGCUGGCAGGUCACGCGGUUGUCAUUGCCUCUGCCACCACCACUGCUAUGCUGGCUCUUCCUGUUACCGGACAGCCCUCACUGUUGGCAAGGCCAUUCAAGGGAAGUCUCUCAUGGGACCUAACAGUGCGGUGUCAGGAAAGCAGCAGGAGAGUGUCAGCCCUUCUCCCCUCCCCAACCCCUGCAGGCUGGCCCAUAAGGGCAGCUGAACAUCCAGUGUAGUAGCCAUAAGUGAGAUGUUUGAACCGACCCAGCCUCAUCUCUCUGGGAUAUUCCCAGGUAUCCCUUCUGCUAGACCUCUUCUCUGUGUGGUGAUGGGUAUGGAGUCUUCUGGAGUUCUCAAAGGCUUUGGCAGCAGAAGGUCUGUUUCAAAUCACCAUGGUUUUAUGGCUGUGCCUUAAGGAGCUCUGACUGUUGUGUGGGACUCUCAAGGUGUCCAUGGGCUGUGCAAGACAAAGGGUGCCAGCAUGGGGGUAGUCCAACACCUGCUGGCAUGGGAGUCAAGUUGACAGUGCUUACUUCCAGGACAGCGAGCUCCAGGAGAAUGUUAACAGUAGGGGGUUGAAGGACUUAUUGUUAACACGUGUACUAAUUGUGAGAGAUUUUCCACACUGCUUACCACCACCCAGGGCCCCAGGAAGGGAUGAGACCCUUCCCCUAGCCCCUUUCACCUCUGACCUUCCUGAGUGCUUCUUUUGCCGUGAUAUUUUUAACAUGAGGAGACUGGGGCACAAAGAGGGACCAAACUGCCCAGACACAGGACCCAUUCGGGCCCUUGUGACAUCAGCCGUGGAAGAAUGAGAGUUAGAUCUUCCUUCCAGCCCAACCCCCUUUAGGAGGGAGCCACUAAGAAAGGCAAGCAGGCGUUCCAGUCAUACAUUAUCUCCCGUGGCCGCAGCACAGCUUGUGCAUAUUUGAGGAAUGCUAUAACAAACAAGUAAUU